AUGGCAAAGAAACGUGCUCCCUCUUCGGAGGAGGCACCCCAGGUGCCCAAUAAAAGGUUUAAAAGAGCCAAAAAUCCCCGAGACGACAUGUACAAAGCCCUCGAGAGCUUCACAAGCUUCCCGACCCAGCCCGACUGGGAAGACCACCAGACCGAGCAGAACCUGUACAAGGCAUUGACCCACAGGAUUCGCGACCUGCAGGUAAAAGCCGCUGCUCUCGUGUCCAAGGCCCUUGUUGGAGAGUCCGAGACCGAGGAGCCGUCCGAACCAACGAUUUCCGAAGAAGAAUUCAAGCGACACCUCGAGAGGUACCUAUUUCCCGCUCUAACGAAGGGCGACACGGUAUCCCGCGAAGGUACAUUUAGGGUUAUCUCGAAAAUUCUCUCUGCGCUUUUGGGCGACAGGAAUCUUUCGUCUACGCUGUACCCGAGUUUGACCUUCGACGAAUUCCUCUCGAUGCUCGUUCGAUUCACACCGCUUGACGAGUCGAACACUGGAGACGACCAAGCGCUUGGCCGGCUUUUGGGCUUGAGAUGCUUUGUCCAGAAGGAGGUGCUUGAAAAGGAUACUGAGCGGUGGAGGAAGGUUUUGCCGAUGCUUCUUGAUCUUGCGUCUAAGAACAUCGAGCUGAGGCUUGCCUGUGGAGCUAUCAUUGCAGAUGCUGUUGGGUCACUGAGCAAGGGAGAGGCCACAUGGACGACUAAUGCCAUCGCGUCUUCUCCGCUUGCAAAAACCGCCGAGGGGUUGGCGAUUUGGGUCGCUGCUCUUCAGCAUCACCCGGAUCUCAAAUCCGAGAAUUGGAAGAAGCCAGUAUCGGCGAGGUCUGCACCUAAUGUUCUCAACCUCCUGAAGGAGAGCGCUACCAAGGUCUUGAAUGAAAAUGCCGGCCCGGUCAACAACGGCAAAGCUACUUGGUCUGCCCCGUUACACUUUGUGUGGAGUAGGCUGGCUAAAUACUUCGGGAACCUUGGUCAGGCUGGUCGGAAAGACUUUGCUUCGAUCUGGACACCCGUGGUGGAAGACUAUCUUUUUGCGAAGAACGCCACGGAUUUGCAGAAGGCUCGCGGCUUUUUAAUAUUCCAGCGCAUGCUUAUCGAAGUGGCAACAGAUGAGGCCCUUGUCAACACCAUUUUCAGCCGUAAUCUCAUGUCUUGCCUCCAAAACCAUGCUUCCCGUAAAGAUCGCCAUCUCCACGGCGUUGCAAUUGAGACUCUUUCGGCAAUUGAAGAGAUUGCUGCCCUUAAGCCUAAGAGUAUCGUACCAAUCCUGAAGAACCUCCUCGGAAACAACGGGAGCUACGAAUUUGAGCAGCGGACGAAUACCAAGACGAUCGAAAAAGUUUUGAAACCUACGGAGUCCUCUGAUAUUAAGCAGGUUCUGGAGCUCUUGGAAGCACCAUUUGCGAAAGCUUCAACUGGAAAGACCAAUCUAUCAGCAACCGGAAAUGCGUAUAUGCGCUACCUUUACUAUCUGGCGAGUACGGGGAACUCGAUCGGGGCGUUGCAGAAACUUAGCACACUGGCUUUCGGCAGCUCCAAAGUCACUUCUAAAUACGGUCUUACUGAGUCAGCCAAGGCAAACUGUCUGACGCAGCUCGAAUCGGCCCUUGCAAGGGCUGGACGAUCGGUCGAGAACUUUGACCUUCUGUGCCAAUUGGUGGCUGGCGUGAAGCCAAAGAACGUCGAGCUGGACGAUGACGUAUUGGAACAACAAAAGGCCGUCGUGAAGACUUUGGACAAGAUCCUACGGGACCCGGAAUUCGUGCUCUUCGGUGACAGGCAGUUGACGAAUGCUCUGGCGUUGGCCCAUGCCAUGCCACUAUUCAUGGUGUAUAGCGGAGUCCCCGGUGCGGACAGCCAGCUCAUAGCCAUCAACAGCCUCUUAGAGACGUGUGAGACCAAGGGCGAGGAUGCAGGCUUGCAGCUUGUGAUUGUCUACAUCUUGCUACCCAUAAUGUACCGACCCUCGUCCUUAGGACGGCAGGUGUCGAAGCACAUAUUUGAAGCAAUUGCGCCACGGCUGGAUAUCGAGACGAUGCGGAUGCUUCUAGAACGACUUGAGUUUACGGAGGAUAAAGCUGGGUACUCGGAGUUGGUCCAGUUCAUCGACGCGCCCGAGGGAUCGGAUGAUGAGGAUGAAGAUGAGGAAGACGAUGGAUCAGGGAGCGAGAACGAUUCUGAAGAUAGUGAUGAGGAUGGUGAAGAAGAAUCAGGAGACGAGAGCGACGGCACUGCGGAUAUUGACCAGGAGCAACUCCUUAAGGCUCUCGGCUCUCACUUGCUCGAUACCAACGGAGAAAAGGCAGGCGAUGGGGAGGACGACGAGUCCGAUAGCGAGGAAGAACCCGACAUGUCAGACUCCGAAAUGAUGGCUAUGAAUGAUACGCUAGUAGCGGCAUUUGAUCACAUCAGCGGCAAAGGAGCCAACGAAGCCAACGAGGCAAAGAAAGCCACCGCCGGCGUGGUGCAAUUCAAGAACAGGAUCCUGGAUCUGGUGGAAGCCUACCUCCAACAACAGCCCCGGAACACCAAGGUCAUAUUUGCGCAGUUCCCCUACCUCGUCCGACUGGCCAGUCAGACAAAGUCAUCUGACAUUCGAGCGCGCGUGGUCGACAUACUCUCGCGCUACAGGAAACGAUUCCUCAAGGACAGGAAGCAAUGGCUCGAGGAAGGGAAGCGGAAGAAACAAGUCUCCGACUACGUGUCCACCCUGGAAGACGUCCACAAGGAAGUUGGGCACAGGGACUCUCAGAUGUUUGCCAAAGCUGCUUCGGCGGCAUGUCUCACGAUAGCGGCGGCGGUUGUGGCGGCGGACAAGAAGAAGAUUGGCCGGUUGAACAAGAUGCAUGAGAAAUUGGAGGCGGAGUUGAUGACGGAGAAGAGGAAGAAGGUCCACAAGAGCUUCUUUGAGACGUGGAAAGCAUACCAGCAGAGCGUGAGCGGCGGAGCGGAAUAG